CUUCGGUUCUGCUAGUCUGUGCCCAGCCAUCAUCCGAUGUACCUUUCAGCACUUAUUCUUGCAGUAGCGGUGGCAGCAGCAGCGGGGCAGUACGAGGGCCCACUGCCGCCACGGCCCGUGGUGCCCGGGGCGCUGCCGGUGGGGCGGAGCAGGGGGCCGCUGCCGGUGGCGCUGCCGCCGCGGAGGAUAGGCGGCCGCGGGCGGGCCUCGGCGCCGGGGGUCCAGCUGCCCGCCAUCAGGAGCAGGCCGCCGCCGCAGCUGCCCCCGCGGCCCGUCGUGGAGCCCGAGGAGGACCCCGCCCCGACCACCCUCCCGCCCCCCACCUACCAGCCGACCACCUUCCAGCCCCCCAUAUUCAGGGCCUCGCUGUCUCCAGCGGAUCUUCCAGUUCCCUCCAGGCAACAGUUCCCAUCUGAAGAAACAGCCACAUAUAGACCGAGAACAAGUGUUGAAGAAGAUAACAGCCAUCAAGAAACACCUGAAGAACCAGCAUUCGCCAAAGCACGCCCAAGCCCUAUAGAUGAAAACUUUUCAAAGGUAAGGACAUCGCAAGAAGACCAAGGAUUCUCUAGAGGACGGCCAGCAUCAUCACAGGAGGCAACAUAUUCCAGACCUCCUCGUCCUACGAUCCAAGAUGCCCAGCCGACAUAUCAGAGGACAAGGCCAACUUCUCAAGAACAGAGCUACUCAAGACCUAGGAUACAGCAAGCACAGGAAGAGCAAAAUCUAGUGAGGAGCAGAACUGACGCUAAGCCCAGCUACAACCGAGCUCAAUCGCAGGCCAGGCCAAAGCCAGUCCCUCAGGAACCAUUGCAGUCGCAGCCAGCUGCUCCAGGAUCAAGGAGGGGAAAACCAACUUCUCAAGUAAUUAAAAAGUAUAGGGAAGAUAAUGCCGAUGGCAGUAUUACUUGGGGAUUUGAAAAUGAUGAUGGUACAUUCAAAGAAGAGACAAUCGGAACAGAUUGUGUAACUUAUGGCAAAUACGGAUACUAUGAUCCUGAUGGAGUAAGGCGUGAAUACACAUAUUCUUCAGGAAUUCCUUGUGAGAAAAAAGAUCAAGAUUCAAUUAUAGGAGCUACCAAUGAAGGAUACAUUGAUUACACUAACAACAAAUAUGUUCUACCAAAUGGACAAGAAGUAGCGCUGGAUUCUAUGGCAAAAAACAAGGCAAGGAGGCCAAUUUAUAGAAAUUAAAUAAUAUCUGAGGAAAAAAUUGUAAAUACCGAAGGACAUAAAUUUAAAAUUCAGCUGGAAACUGUACAAAUGUAUUGAAUCUUUUCCGCAAGCUAAUUUAUGACAUGUAAUUACAAUUAAGUCUACAAAACCAUAAUUUUAGCAUAAGUUAUGUAAUUGUUAAUGCAUUUUUAAAAAAUAUUAAAAAGUGCAAUGCAUUUAUAAUUUAAACAAAAGACUGGUAGUGUUCUGUAACAAGCAAGUUGUUAAGAUUAAUUUAACGAGUACUUUUUUAAGAGCUUGAUUCAUCCAAAUCCUUUAAUACUUGCAUAUAUCAAUUUGAAAGGAAGUUGACAUUUUGCAAAUAGAUUAAAGAAUAGGAUCUGCUCUACAGUAAGCACCAGAAAAACUAAUGAAAUUUCAGUCAAUUGAAACAAGGAAGUUAAAUUAAAUAUGAGAACAUGGGUACAAAAAACAUGACCGAUUACAUUAUGAUUAUUAGUGUAAUUUAAAAUUGAUUGUUAAUACUGUUUAUUGAUAUAAAUAAAUAAAAAAUAAAUCAGUGUAAAAAUUAUGAAUAUUACCCUUUAAAAACCAAACUUAAUAAAAACACAUGCAAUUAAUAACAAAGUUAAAAAAAAAAAAAAAAAAACAGUUCUGUAAAUUACAAGGUGUUUUUCUCAUUUGAUACUUCCUUGUGUAAUAUUUAAAAAUAUAUCUAUUGCACUAGUACUAUCUCUUUCAUUUAACUUUUUUGUUUUCUGGUACUUAUGUUGUAAUAAUUUCUAUCACCUAUUUUUCAAAAAUGUACAACCAUCUAAGAAAAGUUUUUGUGACAGUAUUUUAUAUAUAAUGAAACCUUUAAUAAAAACAGGUUUAGU